CAAUAUGAAGCCUGCAAAUACAAAGAGUCCAACCUCUGUAGAUUCUCCUAAUGGCACUAUGAAGAAUUUAUUUGACUCUCAUGAAUGAAAUGUUGAUGAGGAUAUCUCAUCAGAAAUUCAAGCUAAUCAUGUUUAUGACUCUAGCAUGGUCAUUAAGAUUAGGAACAGUCUCAUUAUCUACAAGUGAAGUCGUAAAAGAGACUUCUGUAACAGUAUGCCACAGAAGUCAAUUACUAAAAGGCACAGAAUAAGUCUCGAAAAAUCGAAGACUAUUUAUGCAAAGAAGGACCCACAGAAGACUUUAUCAUGAAAAAGAUCGCAAGGUAAAUGGGAGAACAGCAGAAAAUCUUCCAUUGAAAUUUUACUAAAGUUGCAGGAAAAAUUAGCUGGAAUGAAAAAUGUGGAUCUUAAGAAGACCAAGACAAACGAACCCCUCCAAAAAUAAUUUCGAAGUAUUAAAGUGAUCAGCUUCUUAUGAUAAAGAAGCUAAAUCACUGUCCUUAAUUUAAUUUUCCGUAAAUAUUACGAUAU